AAGCAUGUCUUCAGGUAUUGAAACAAUGGUAGUGUCUCAAUUUGUAGAAAGCAAAGUCAGAAAAUGGUUUCAGCUCAAUAAUCUAAAGAGGGAUGGAUUCAUAAGCAAACAGGAUUAUUCAGACAUGGCAGAAACAUUCACGAAAGAGUUCGAUUUAGACGAGAAAAAGGCACAAGCAAUUCGAAACUGGUUAGAAAACGGUUGGGAAAUUUUGAUUAAAAAAGGAGAAGAAAUCACAGCACAAGGAGGCGUGGGAGGAGUGUCCCCAGAAAGUGCUCCCAAGCUUCUAGAAGUAGGAAAAAAGAUGCGAGAAAAUGGCCAGAUUUCUGAGAACGAGUACAUCGGAGCAUUUAAAGAACUUGUUGGCUUCAAUAAAAAUUUGUUUGUCGAAACCUUUGCCGGCAUGGUAGGGAGCUUUUUUGACGCCUUCGAUGUGAACAACACUGGUUAUCUAACGAGCCAAAAUUUUCAGAAGGGUAUGAAGUGUUUUGGAAUGACUAAUACGGAGGCAGUAGACACAAUGUUCAAAGCUAUGGAUACAAAAAAAGAAGGAAAGAUCGAUAAGGAAACGUACGUCGGUCACUGGAUCGAAUUCAUGACCGGGGAUAACAAGGAGGGAGUGAUCGCCCAGUUCCUAUGCAGAAUGUAACUCUUUUCAUCAUGAACUCACAGAAACUAAAGUGGAGUUAGGACAAUUGGACGUCCUCUCAUCUGAAUGGGUAAUAAAUGUUAAAAAAAGUAUUUGUGACUGUGUAAUUCUGUUAUCAAUGAAAAUGUGAUUUAUUAACUGUAAAACAGAAUGCAAAGUAUAUAAAUCCUCAGUCAUCUG